UUGCGCGUUGCCUGCGCAGCUGGGCGGGGUCGCGCCAGACCGACCUGGGGUCUUGGGAGCGCGCGCUCCAGCGUUGGACUGGCUACUCUGCAACCGGGCUUUCCACGCCCCGCGCGCCGGUGGGAUACGGUGUCGUUCGUUCCCUUCCGCACGCGGCUGCCCUCCCGCGGCGUCUCCUGACCUGCGGUCGGAUGUCCCGAGUUAGGCUCGGCGUUGACACUUCGGAUUGUCACCAGAGGCGGUUGACUCACUCUAACAGUGCGUGGAGCUGCCCUGUGGCCUAGGGCGUCUUUCUACGGAGAUAUGGAUCAAAAACUGUCGAAGUUGGUAGAAGAGCUCACAACUUCAGGAGAACCCCAACUGAAUCCUGAGAAAAUGAAGGAACUGAAGAAAAUUUGCAAGUCUUCAGAGGAGCAGCUCGGCCAUGCCUACCGCCUGCUGAAGACGCAGCUGACCCAGGACCAUGCUGAGGUCCGCCUCUCCGCCUUCCAGAUUAUGGAUGAGCUCUUCACCAGGUCGCACCAGUUCAGGGUGCUGCUUGUUUCUGACUUCCAGGAGUUCCUGGAGCUCACGCUGGGCACUGACCAUGAGCAGCCCCUGCCGCCCCCCCGAGAGGCAGCCCAGAGGCUGAGGCAGGCAGCCAUGCGAGCUGUGGAAGGGUGGAAUGAGAGGUUUGGAGAGGCCUAUAAGAAGCUAGCCUUGGGCUACCACUUCUUAAAACACACCAAAAAGGUGGAUUUUCAGGAUGUGAAUUGCAGGACUCUGGUAGAGAGGAGGCGAGAAGAGCAGAAGCAGAAGCACUUGGAUAAAAUUUACAGUGAAAGAGCCAAACAGGCCGAACGGGAGAUGGAAGAAAUGUCUGCAGAAAUUGGCUGCUGUCUGACGGAAGUGGAGAACUGCUUCAGGCUCCUGGUGCCCUUGAACUUUGACCCAUGCCCAGAAGCCAGCUUCCUUGAUGAGGGUUCUCCUGGUUCCUUGAGCUCACACCUGGCAGUCCCUCACUGGUCUGGCACCCCGGAUGCCCCAGAUGAACCAUGCUGCAGCAAGGACCUGCCCGCCUCUGCACACCAGCCAGGGACCGCUGGCGCUGGGGAGGGGCUGCCCCAGGCCGCCAAGUGGGACCCCGUGGAGGAUGAGGAGCAACCGUGCUGCAGCAAGGACCUGCCCGCCUCUGCACACCACCCAGGGUCCACUGGCACUGGGAAGCGGCCACCCCAGGCUGCCACAGAAGACACAGCUGAGGAUGAGCAGAGUGACUGGGAGCAGUUUGUGCGGAGCCAUGGACUCGGCUCACACAAGUACUCGCUGGACGUGGAGCUCCCCUUGGAUGGUCUGAAAGUCCAGGAGAACGAAGACAACCUCGCUGUCCUCCACGCUGCCCGCGAUGCUCUCAAGCUCAUUCGGAACAAAUUCCUGCCAACCGUGUGCUCCUGGGUCCAGCGGCUUACCCGUGCAGGGACCCAUGAUGGACACCUCAAGCGCGCCAUUGACUUGAAGACAGAACUGGAAUGUACACUGAGGAAGUACGAGGAGCUGGACAUCGAGCCUGAGGGAGGGCGCAGGAGCAAGACUGAAGACGGGGAGGAUGAGGAUGACGAGGACUUUGUGGAGGUCCCGGAGAAGGAGGGGUACGAGCCCCACAUCCCUGGCCACCUGCGGGCUGAGUAUGGGCUGGAGCCAAAGGCCCCUCUACAGACUGUGGAGAAAGAUGCAGCUGCACAGGACUUGCAGGCGAGGAUGAGGAUGAGGACCAGAAGGGAUGAGGAGGCCUCGGACCCCACCUCUGCGGCUGCCCAGCUCUGGCGGCUACAGGACCAUCUGCCCCCUGUUCUGCCCUCCUCUGUUGGGGCUGCCACGGGACCAGAGGAGGCCCAGAAGUUGGCGGCAGAGCGGGCCCGGGCGCCCAUUGUGCCCUUCGGAGUGGACCUGUGCUACUGGGGUCAGGAGCAGCCAGCGACUGGGUGGAUCCUCAAGUCUGACUCCCAGCACCGAUUCUGGAGGCCCAGUGAGGUAGAGGAGGAAGUGGAGAGUGCAGAUGUGUCUGCCAUGCUCCGGAGCCGCCGCAUCGCCUUCGCAGGGAAGUUUGAGCCCGUGCAGCACCGUUGCCGCGCCCUGAGACCCGACGGCCGGCUCUGUGAGCGCCAGGACCGGCUGAAGUGUCCUUUCCACGGGAGGAUCAUCCCCAGAGAUGACGAGGGGCGGCCCCUCGACCCAGAGGAUAGGGCCCGGGAGCAGCAGCAGCCACCACAAAAGCAGGCACACCCAGACUGGCAGGACCCUGAGUUCAUGAAGGACGUGGAGGCAGCCACAGGGGCAGAUCUGGGCUCGUCAAGGUACAGCAGGAAGGGCCGAGGGACGAAGAAGAAGCACCCCAAACUCACGGACCUGCGGGAGCGAGCCAACACCAGCCGCGCCCGCCUCAGGAAGAAGGUCUUCGCCAAGGCAGCUGUGCAAAGAGUGGUCACCGCCAUGAACCAGAUGGACCAGAAGAAACAUGAGAAGUUUGCAAACCAGUUUAACUAUGCCCUGAAUUAGAGUGCCAUGCUGUGGUGGCCUUGUCAUCAGUUCUUCUUCCUCUGCCAGCACUCGGGAGGGGAGUGUGGGUGCAGAUCUGGUCAGGAGCCUAUCUUGUAUGUGUUCGACAUCAGGAAUUGGUGUGCCAAGAUGCCCUGCAGCAAUGGCCUUCACCUGCCUUGGGGGCCAGCGCCACUGGGUUGCCGGUCUGGCCUUGCUGUGGAGGACUUGGAAGCCCUGGGUGUGAACAAGGGCAGUAUGUGUCCAGUGGGGCAUCUUGCAGGUUCUCCUGGAGCCUGUGCUCCGGGCAGUGCAGGCUGAACCAGUGGACAGGCCCAGGUGCAGUGUGGCAUCUCCUGCCCUCCACCCAUGCUGCACUCCCCCAGGAGGCUGCCUCUGGGCAGAGCGGCUCUGGGAGGCCCACACUCAGUCACCUGCUGCUUCAGCAGGGAUUCAGAAUGCCUGCCCAGCAGGGCUGCUGAGGGCGCCUGCAGCUUCAGUGGCCGUGCUUCCAAAGCCUGCCACUGCCUGAAGGACCCCUCGCCGUCCCCCUCCCCAGUCCUGGGUUUGCCUGUUCUGGACAUUUCAGAUGUGGACUUGUUCAGACGUGGCCCUUGGUCUUGCUGCCGCCCCGGGUGGAGGCCUUCCUGCUGUGAUACCCAGUGCUUGUAGCUUUGUGUUGCCCGGUGGCUUCCGGGGCGGAGAGGCACCCGCUUGUUCCUCUGUUUAUCACUGACCUUUGGGUGCUCCUCUUGUUGGCUGCUAUGAAUGGUGCUGCCCUGAACAUCCGUGUGUGAGUCGUGUGGACAGAGGUUUUCAUUUGGGGGUGUAGACCCAGGGGUGGAAGAGCAGCUGGCUUGUAACUCCAGGUCUGACCUCUCGAUGAACUGCCAGGUCUUGCAUUCCCACCAGCAAUUAUCGGGCUGUCCAGUUUUCCUGCUUUCCUUCCAAAACCCAGUGUCGUCUGUCUUUUUAACAGUCUUCAUUGGUGUGAAGUGUUACCUUGUGGUUCCGAUUUGCAUUUUUCUGAUAACUGAUGCUGAACAUCUGUUUUGUGUGUUUAUUGGCCAUCUGUAUGUCGUCUUUGGAGGAAUACCUAUUCAGAUCUCUUUUCCAUUUUCAAUGGGCUAUUUGUCUUGUGCUUUAUAGAUAGUCUGGACACUAGACCUUAUGAUCUGCUGAUAUUUUCUCUCUGCCUUUUCGCCUUCUUGGUGGUGUCUUGUAAAGCACAAAAGUUAUUUUGUUGAAGCCAAUGUUUGUGUAUUUUUCUUUGGUUGCUUGUGCUUUUGGUGUCCUAUCUAUGCCAUUGCUAAUUUUAGGUCACAAAGAUUUGCUCGUAAGUUUUUUUCCCAAGACUUUUAUAUUUUUUGUUCUUAGAGUCAGAUCUUCGAUCCGUUUUGAGUUGAGUUUUGCCUAUGACCUGAGGUUGGGUCCAGCUCCACUCUUGGCCUGUGUGCUUCCCCAGCACCAGGCAUUGGAAAGGCUGUUCUUUCCCCACACCCUGCCCUGGCGCCCCUUUGGCAACCCUCCUGUACUGCUGCUCUCUGGCCUGCACACCUGUGUCACCACUUGGCUGCUGGAGUGCUGCAGCUGUGGGAGAUUUGUGUUUGGUGAACCUAAGUCCUUCAGCUUUGUUCUGAUUCAAUAUGUUUUUGGUUAUUCUGGAUCCUUUGCGUAUCCAAAUGAAUUUUAGGAUCAGUGUGUGAGUUUUGGGGUUAAAAAAAAAGCUGCAAUUUUGAUAGGGAUUGCAUUUAAUCUGUAGAUCAUUUGGGGAAAUAUUCCCAUCUUGUCUUCCGAGUCAUGAACUUCUGAUUUCCAUCUGAUUGUCUUUAAUGGUGUUUUAUAGUUCCAGUGAGUUUUAUGAGUGUUCAUAAAGUAUUUAAGCUGGGUGCAGUGACACACACCUAUAAGCCCAGUAACUGGGGAGGCUGAGGCAAGAGGACCACACGUUCAAAGACAGCUUUAGUGAUUGUGAUGUUGGGGAACAGAUGUGAGUGAUGGGAACAUGAGGUCAAGGGGAUGAUUCUAUGAAAUGGGCCCACUGUGCUGACCCCCACAUGCUUUCUUUUCCAAGAAGCAAUUUACCUGCAGCCCUGCCUGGCCUAAGUGGACAGGCUGUGUCACAUUCCUCAGGAAACUACCUGUUACCUG